AUGAGAAACAGUGUUAAUAUUAAAGAUCUUCUUGAUCGCAUUGCACCUUCACCACUCAUUUUGGAUGGCGCUAUGGGAACAGAGCUCGAGCUGAGAGGUGCUAAGGUCGCUAACAAGUUGUGGGGUGGAAUAUGUUACUUUGAUUCCCCUCAAAUGGUGGAGGAUAUACAUCUGGAAUAUCUAGAAAGUGGUGCAGACAUCUUAAUUACCAAUUCUUAUCAGCUGAGCACUUGGGCAAUGCUGGAAUCAGGCAAUACGAAAACCCAGGAAGAGUGCAUAGAGGUGUUCAAAGGAACGAUCAAGCUAGCGAAAAAUGCCAAGGAUAGGUUCCUAAGCAAAACAAAAGUUGGUAAUCGUCCCAUUGAGCCCCUAAUUUCCGGCUCUGUAGGACCAUACGGUGCAUAUCUCGCAAAUGGAGCGGAGUUUACGGGUGAGUACGGGACCGUAUCUGAGCAGAGAAUCAGGGACUACCACUACGAUAGGCUGAAGGUACAACUAGAGAGUGCGGAUUUGGAUUUGGUAGCAAUGGAAACGAUUCCACAUUUGCCGGAGAUCAAGAUUCUGGUAGCCCAAUUUGACGAGAUGGUAAAGGAGUUGAAGAUAGAGGGAGCCUCUUAUUUCCUUAGUCUGAGUGUUCGGGAUAGCAGUCAUCUGGCUGACGGGACUGAUUUGGCUGAGGUGGUUGAGUUUUUGGACUCCUCAGAACACCUUUGGGCCGAUUACUUAGUUGCAUUUGGAGUGAACUGUUGCGAUCUUAUGGUAGCAGAUGAGGCACUUGAAUAUAUCAAGGCUUCAAUUGCUAAGUCCAAGCAUCUCAAAAACAUGUCCCUCAUAGCAUAUCCCAACUCAGGCGAGAUCUACGACGGAAUCACCAAACUGUGGACUCAGGGAGAAACUGUCAAGUCUGGAAAAUCGCUUUCGCUGUUUGCACAAGCCUGGGUAAAGCAUGGAGCCAGGUUUAUUGGUGGGUGUUGUCGGACCCGGCCAGAGGACAUUAAGAAAACUUAUGAGGUGGUGAGCAAGCUUUAUAGGUGA